AUGCCGAAGAAGCGGCCGGCCGAUGAGCGCGACGGCGCCCGUGCCCGUGCCUCCAAGCUCCCCAGCCGCCAGCGGAACCACCACCUGUACCUCGUCCAGGAUGACUGGGAGAAGGGAUACAGCAUCCACAAGUUCGACCUGUCGUCGGACUCCGACUCCGACUCCGACGGUGACCACUGCCCGGCGGCCAGCAGCCUGACAGAGCGGCGGCUGCCGCCGUCGGUGUUCCGGCUGGAGGCUCUGCACGCGCACUCCGGCCUGUUCGCGGCCUUCGGCAACAAGAUCGUCGCGACGCACCACACUCCUAGGCGCAGCGCCCUCAUGUUCGACGUCCGCACGCGGGCUCUCACCUUCGGCCCUCGCCACAGGUACGAGCCCAACUACUACGGCAACGCCUACGCCCAGGUGGAUGGCAACCUCUUCGUGCUCGACGUCGAUGGCAACUUGGAGAUGCUUGAACCACCUCCACCGACACUAAGCGACGAGCAUGCAAAGUUGCAAACGUCGAGAUUGUCUGGAAGCCGUGGCUACUUUGACCCUGAGCUGGACGCCUGGAUAGGGUUCUCUGGCGACCCGGACAACCUUGGCUACCUCUGCGCCUGUGAGAUUGUACCUGCUGGUGAUGAGUCUAAUGGUGGGAAGCCAUCGCUGUUGAAGCUUGGCAUAGAUAAGAUGUUCUGCAUCGACCCUGCCGAGAAGCACAUCGGCGCCACCCUGGUGUAUAUGAGGGGAAGAAGCAAGUUCUGCCUCGUGGAGUGCCUGUCCAUAGACGAUCGCAGGGAGGACAUCUGGGGGGAGUUCCUGUCGGAACGCCUUCGCUAUUUUCUCCGGGUAACUACAUUUUUCCAGAAGUACGACAAGAACGGUGAUCUGCGUACUACUGCUGUCCAUCAUCAACGGAUUCGAUCCUAUCGACUGCCCAAAAUGGCAACUGGUUACUGUGAUCACCUAGAAAAGCCUGUUGCGUUCUGGAUGUAA